UGUCCGUCAACAGAAGAAAUGAAAUGUACAGACAUCCAACAGAAUGUCACAAAGGAUCUUUCUAAAAUUCACAUUUGACCUCAUCACUGCUUUAAAACCCUCCAAGAGCUCUCCAUGGCUUUUGGGACAAGUCCAGCCUGCUCAGCCAACACACGGGGGACUGUCUGUGGUCAGACCCCCCCAACCUCUCCAGCCUCGUCUCUCUCACUGGAAGCAUCACCACUCCACCUCGCCCUUGCAACCAACCACAAUCCUUCCAUGCCAAUCCAAAGAAGCCCACGGCCUUCAGGCACCGUUGGCCUGGCAUUCAGCACCCUCGACCCUGUCCGUGUCGUCUCCCCGUGGGCCCAUGAAGCUCCCAGCGCCAGAUCUGAGAAGCUACGUCGAUGUUUGCGGGCAGAUCACCCCAGAGUCUCCGAGCCUGUCAGGGUUGGAGCUGCUUUCCGAGCACCUGGACCCCAAGCUCCUGUGCCGCCUGACACAGCUGCAGGAGCUGGACCUGUCCAACAACCAGCUGGAGGCGCUGCCGGACAACCUGGGGCUGUCCCACCUGCGUGUCCUCCGCUGCGCCAACAACCAGCUGGGGGAUGUCACUGCCUUGUGCCAAUUCCCCAAGCUCGAGGAACUCAGCCUGGAAGGCAACCCCUUUCUGACGGUCAGUGACAACCUGAAAGUCUCCUUUCUCCUGCCCAAGCUCCGCAAAGUCAACGGCAAGGAUGCGUCGUCAACUUACUCUCAGGUGGAGAACCUGAACCGGGAGCUGACCAGCAGGGUCACAGCUCACUGGGAGAAGUUCAUGGCCACACUGGGCCCUGAAGAGGAGGCUGAGAAGGCCCAGGCGGACUUUGUGAAGUCGGCCGUCAGGGAUGUCCGCUAUGGGCCCGAGUCCCUCAGCGAGUUCACCCAGUGGCGGGUACGGGUGAUCUCGGAGGAGCUGGUGGCCUCCAGUAGGACGCAGGUACACGAGGCUGACAGCCCAGAGAAGCCGCCAGAAGCCGAAGCUGCCCACAAGCCCAGGGCUAGACUGGCGGCCUUGAAACGGCCGGACGGUGUCCCACUCAGCCUCUCUCCCAGCAAGCGGGUAUGUGCCUCCCCGUCAGCCCAGGUGGAGGGCGGCCCCGUGGCGGGCUCUGAUGACGGCCAGCCUCUGCUGAAGCUGGAGCCCCUGCACUUCCUGCAGUGCCACAGCAAGAACAACAGCCCCCGGGACCUCGAGACGCAGCUGUGGGCCUGCGCCUUCGAGCCGGCCUGUGAGGAGGGGGUCACAUCCCAGACCGUGGCCACGUGCGGCGGAGAGGCCGUGUGCGUGAUUGACUGCCAGACGGGCAUCGUGCUCCACAAGUACAGGUCGCCCGGUGAGGAGUUCUUCUCCGUGGCCUGGACCGCCCUGAUGGUGGUCACACAGGCCGGCCACAAGAAGCGCUGGAGCGUGCUGGCGGCUGCGGGCCUGCGGGGCUUGGUCCGGCUGCUGCACGUGCGUGCCGGCUUCUGCUGCGGGGUCAUCCGGGCCCACAAGAAGGCCAUCGCCACCCUGUGCUUCAGCCCCGCCCACGAGACCCACCUCUUCACGGCCUCUUAUGACAAGCGGAUCAUUCUCUGGGACAUUGGGAUGCCCAACCAGGACUAUGAAUUCCAGGCCAGCCAGCUGCUCACGCUGGACACCACCUCCAUCCCCCUGCGCCUCUGUCCUGUCGCCUCCUGCCCGGAUGCCCGCCUGCUGGCCGGCUGUGAGGGCGGCUGCUGCUGCUGGGACGUGCGGCUGGACCAGCCCCAGAAGAGAAGGGUGUGUGAAGUAGAAUUCGUCUUCUCCGAGGGCUCCGAGGCUUCCGGACGGAGAGUGGAUGGGCUGGCAUUUGUGAAUGAGGACGUCGUGGCCUCCAAGGGCAGCGGCCAGGGCACCAUCUGCCUGUGGAGCUGGAGGCAGACGUGGGGUGGCCGAGGCAGCCAGUCCACGGUGGCGGUGGUGGUCCUGGCAUGGCUGCAGUGGUCGCCCACCGAGUUGGCCUACUUCUCGCUCAGCACCUGUCCUGGUGAGCCUGUGCCCGCCCCAUCCCCGCAGGGCCUCUGGGAGCUCUGCCCCCACUCAGGCUCUACCUCUGUCCUGGCAGAUAAGGGGAUCGUGCUCUGUGGGGAUGAAGAGGGCAACGUGUGGCUCUACGAUGUCAGCAACAUCCUGAAGCAGCCGCCCGCGCUGCCAGCGGCCCCGCAGGCCCCCACACAGAUCCUGAAGUGGCCCCAGCCCUGGGCCCUUGGCCAGGCGGUGACCAAGACCAUGGUGAACACGGUGGUGGCCAAUGCCUCCUUCACCUACCUCACUGCCCUGACAGACUCCAACAUCGUAGCCAUCUGGGGGAGGCCGUAGCCUCAUGCGUCGCAAAGGACCAGGGACACAGCUAACUUAUUCAGCUCUGGGGUGAUAGGGGUGGGGGGUGUCCCUGUCAAUCUGACUAUUUUUAUUAAACUCUGUGGUCGAGAAG